AUGUCAAUCGAUGCGACUCCAAAGCCAUUUCGUGGCCCAUGGGAAGGAGACACGAAGAUUGUCGUGGGCAUUGAUAUUGGGACAACUCAAAGUGGCGUUGCGUUUGCCUUCUUAGAGAAUGGCGCAAGUCAAGUCAUACAUCGUGUUACGAGAUGGCCAGGACAGGAGGCACACAACCAACAGGGCAAGAUUCCAACGCUCGCGGCGGCAUUUGGUGCUGAAGCACAACUUCACACUAUCGAAGAAGAAGCCGAGGACAACAACUGGGUGCUUGCAAGGUACUUCAAGCUGCACCUCCACCCGAACGAUAUGCAAGCAAAGCACGAGCUGAAGCUUGAAGACUUACCACCUGGAGUCAGCCUCCGUCAGAUCUACUCAGACUUCUUGGGAUACCUGCUCAAGCAUACCAGGGCAUACUUCGAAGACCGUAUCAUCAACGGCAAAAAUAUAUGGGAACGAUAUAGUCCAACGAUGGAGGUUGUCAUUGCACACCCGAACGGAUGGGGUGUUCGCGAACAGGCAUUCCUUCGAACAGCAGCUGUAGAUGCGGGGUUCUCGACGUCCAACCAGGCAGCGAGCAAGGUCCGAUUCGUAACCGAAGCUGAAGCGUCAGUGCACUUUUGCAUUCAUCACACGAAUCUGGGAACGGUUCUUCGGCCUGGAACUAACUUUGCUGUGUGUGACGCUGGUGGCUCCACAGUUGAUACGACAUUGUACUCGGUGAUAUCAGCGAAACCGGUACUGAAACUCAAAGAAGAGAGGGCGUCGGCAUGUGUGCAGGCCGGUGCCAUAUUCGUCGAUUUUGAAACCGAGAAGUUCCUACGAAAGACCUUGGCGAAUGCCGGGCUUUCACCAGAUGACGUGGUAGAGUACACAAAAGCUGGCGUCAAAGACUUUGAAGGGUUCGCCAAGCGUGCGUUCAAGGACGAUACCACUGAACAGUCCAUUGCAGUAGCCCACACCAGGUUUAAUAACUCUGCCAUUAGAGCCCGCCGUGGUCGUAUAACACUUUCUGGCUCAACGGUAAAAGGCUUCUUUGACGUGUGCGUGAAGGAGAUCACAGGGAGUGUUGAUCAGCAAAUAAAUGGUCUUAACGUGCCGUACAUUCUCUUAGUGGGAGGCUUUGGUGAUAGUCCUUAUAUUCGGAGUGAAUUUAAAAAGCAAUAUGAGCCGCAGGGCUCGCGUAUCACAAUCACCAACGACUCAACUUCGAAAGCUGUUGCAGAUGGUGCAGUGAUCUGGAGUACACUCAGCAGUGUUUCAUCUCGUGCACCACGAUACUCUUUUGGAACGACCAUUGCUCUUCCCUUCCUUGCUAAUGUCCACCGCCGACAAUAUCGAAUCCCAUAUAAAAAUGCUAGGGGGGAACAAGUCGUAUCGGGCGGAUGGUCCCAAAUAGUACAAAAGGGGGUAGCAUUGGACUCUGAAGUGGUGUGUCGUCGACCAUACGUCCAACUUCAUACCACUCCAGAUCCUAACCUGGAGUUAUUCACUGCUGAUCUCCUUGCAUAUUCAGGCGAGAAUACUCCUGAAUGGGCACGAGAUCCAUUUGGAAAUCUUGCAUCUGGAUUUCAAGAAGCGUGUACUAUUAGGGCCAACUUACAACACCUCGAAGGGGCAUUAGUGUCGGCUAUGGGAAAACACGGCUCCCGCUAUUGGACACUGCAAUUCGAUAUUUGUAUUCGUUUUGGCGGGACCGAACUUGAAAGUUAUUUGGAAUGGGAAGAGAAUGGAAUUAAACGGACAGGGCCAGUAUCUAUUGUCCCUCAAGAUACUAUUGAUCUUUAG